UAACGCAUAUAUUUCAUGUGCAUAAUAUGUGUGAAAGGAUAUAUUUUAGCUAUGCAUCUUGUCCCUGAGGAACAAAUCUCAACUGACCACUCUGCUUAUCUGCUCUCUGCUUUAGCAGGUUAUCCACUGCUUGAAAAGGAGCCCAGGAAGAAGGUGGCACCAGAACUCAUCACACCCAGAUGCACAGAUGCUUUCCUGGACCACGAGACGUCCUACGAAUGUUGUUCCACCAACCCCUGCACAGGCUGUGUCUUGGCUUGUCGCCGGAGCCCUCGGCUUCUUACUAACGGCUACUACUUACUCACAGAGGACAGUUUUCUGUCCGAUGAAGAUGGCAACGUCACGCUGAGUCUAUCCCAAACAAGUGUUACCUAUAAAGAGAAAUUAGUUAGAAUAUUUCGGAGAAGAAAGAGAAUCCGCCGAUCGCUUGCUAAUUUGUUCAGUAUUGGAGCCUCUAAAUCAUGGUUGAACAGCACCACUAUUGACUUACCUCACGUAGAGGAUACUUGGUUUGAUGGAGACAUGAAGGGGGACACCAAUGAAUAUUAUGACACUGGUACCGUUGAUGCUGCUUUCAAUUGCAAAGCCCAAAGGGCAGAGAGACACAGUCUGGUACAAAAGAAGCCCUCUUCUUCGAAAGAUGCAACUUGGACAAAACCCAGAAAAGAGCAGCAUUAUUCACCUACUUGUAUCUUUCCCCCAGCAGAAGAAGAGUACUUCUAUGAAAAAUCUUUGGACUGUUCAAAGCCUUUUACAGUAAGGCACGACCUCUGCCCAGUUAUCGCGCUCUCCAUGUGUUUGAUCAUUUCCCUCUGCGUAAGAUUCUUUCUGGGAGGACUGUUUACAACUCUGCUGAGCUUCUUGCUGUUGAUCAUCAUUUUAAUUUGUUCACUGGCACUUUUGUACUAGUCCCUUCAUGGGACCACCUGUCAGUUCAUGUGAUCUGCGGAGAAUAAUCAUCCUUUCCCUUCAGAAUCUUGUUUCCACAUUCUUCUGGAAUCCUCGCCUAGCUACCUGUAGGAACAUCGGCAAUGGUUUUUGUGUUUUUUUAAACCAUGUGCCUUCAAGCUGCACCAAGGAUACAGAUGAAAAAGCAUUUUGAGGAAUGAGGAUUCUGACAGCAUCUCACGAUUUUCAGGAUUUAGGAACUGGUAAAAACCCAAGCUGGGCCAGGACAUUGGGUUGGCAAUUAAGGUAAAGGUAAAGGAC